AUGACAAUUAAAGAAGCCAUGCGCAUUUUGGGGGUAGACGUCCUUACUGCGCCCACAAUAGACACCAACUACAGGGCACUCCUUCGGAGAAAUCACCCAGACUUGGGCGGAAGCGAGUAUCUUUCCCAAAAAAUCAACGAGGCCAGAGAAAUGCUCAUGAGCAGAGUGAAGUAA